GUUUAUUUCGUGUUGUGGUGUUUUAUUAACAUCAAUAAUACAUCUUUAUACUUCAUUUUAUGACUUACCUAAUUACUGUCAUCGAAGCGUGAAAAAUAUACGCAGGAUGCGAAAUGAGACCAACGCGGAGAUGCAGGAUAUCGUAAUAGAUUUGGUGAAAUUUGGAAACUCUGCAAUGUUUGCGGCGGAAUGCAGUGAGGGCAGUCCGUGCACGGCUUUUAUGUUUUCAUGCUAUCUAUGCCGUUACUAUUAAUAAUAAAUCUCGACGUUCUUUUAUUUAACGCAUUCGGGCUUACUAGAAAAUUAUUUCCAUACAGAAGCAACCCAUUUAGAACAAACCAUUUAACCUAUUACGUAUUACGCUUCAUUUCCGGUAAUCUUGUCGUUCUAUUUUGCUAUUUUUCCUCUCACCUAUGUAAUGUACUGAUGCCCUUAGAGUUCUGUAGGUAAAUAAAUAAAUAAAUAAAUAAAAAGCAUUCUUCCGUGAUGUUUUGAAGUUCAAGCGAGAAGCGGGAAACGGGCCUAUGCAAAUCAAAAUUUCACUACAGCGUUGUUCUUACAACUAACAUAUUAUAUCAACAAGUUCUCAUCAGCUGAAUGUGUGCACAAUCGCGUUGUCUAUGUUUAUUUAUGUUUUUCUCAUUUUUCCGCUAUCUAAAGCUGAAUAAAGGCCCACUUCAAGGCACCAACAUCCACUUUUGCCGGCAAAACUGGGUCGGACAUGCUAUCUAUCGAGGAUGUUUGCACAGCAACCUCGAAUAGAGAGGCCCGUCUUUCUCCCCAUGGCGCCACACUUGAGACUCAAUUGGCCUUGACCCAAAACCCUGCAAUGUGGUUUUGCUUUUCCAUGCUCUUCAGUGGUCGCGCCUGUCUACUCAACCUUACAGAAAUCGCGGCAGACAUUUUGAGCUAUCAGAUGUAUGAAACUGCGUGACCAACUUCACAACGUGGGUGCCCUUCUCCAAGAAAAGCUACGGAGAGAACCGACCCAAAUACAGGUGAGCUAACCUUUUUUCUUCACUCUAGCAUCAUUUGAAUGCGCGGCACGUCAGACACCACGUGCUAACGUUAUGCGCAAGUAGUGUGCGGUUUUCCACGACAUUGGACAGGGAAAGCUUCUCUAUGAAGGCGCAUAUAGCAAACCGAUCUAUCAUCAUAGAGUAUAAGUUCAAAGUUGUCACGAAUUUUUUCAACCGCAAAGAAUUCGUAGGUGGCACGACAAACUGGUUGCCCAAUUCGCGACCCAACCACGCUGGUUCUGCCGUUAAGUUUCGUACAUAUUUUGAAACAGUGCAUUCAAGAAUUGCCAUUGCGUGUUUCUUGUGAGACGGGAAAAACCACUUAACAAAGACGGAGCAAUUACAGUGAUUUUAAAUGUUACGUCGUUGCUUUUCUUUCGUUUCUUUUUUCUUACAAUUUUGACUAGAUAAAAGCAGUAGCAAGAGUAACCCACCUGGUUUUAGGAAAGAGUCCACAAUAAAAUGUGCACAACAAUUUAUUAUUUCUCAAUAAUGAUCUGCUGUGAAGCAUGGAAUUAUGUUUCAUAUAAUCUAUGGUUACACGCGCCUUUGUUUACAGUGGUACGGUAACUGACAUUCCAUAUUCUUCCUCAACGUAAACAUCGCGUAAUUGUACAUCCCCUGCGACUUGUAUUUUAUAGCCUUGGGUGCUUCAGCUCCGCAAAUGAAGGUGUCAGCUUGGCUUCUUUCCCAUCUGCCAGCUGGCCGUCGAUUCUAGCUAUCGCCACGUUGUUGUCAUAGGAGUGAUAGCUUCCGACGGCCUCAUGAUAAGCAGCUGAAAGGUGCGACAGCUAGGAUGCCGAAGCAGGUAAUCAAGACACUGAGAGACGCCUAGACUGUGUGUUACAGACCAUUUUUACGCCAUCUCACCUUGUGCCAUUGGUGGUAGCAGCUAAAUCCCCGGUGACCUCACCAGUGCCAAAGCAUGGUGCGUUCAAGGACGUCACUGCGGGAUGACCCGUGGUUCGGGGUUGACUCCCGCUGGAGCUGGGUGACGGCGGGCUUCCUUAGCUGGCUGCUGUCGGCGGCCACCGUUUCUCAACAAGCCCUGGCUGUUUUCUUCUAUGGCAUCGUGCACAGCUACGGCGCCAGCAGGGGAGAGGCGUCGUGGCCUCUCAUACUGUGCGGUAGCUGCACCUGCUUGGGCGGGCCACUCAUGGGAUACCUCUGCCGGCGUGCUUCCUGCCAAGCAGUAUUAUUAGUCUGCUCAGUGGCAGCCGGUAUCGCACUCUGCAUCUGCUCCUUGGCUGACAGCAUUCUUAUACUUACUAUUUUCUUUGGCAUUGUACUUGGUGUAUCACUGGCGGGCAUCCACGUUGCGGUCAACGUGCUCGCGUCGCAGCACUUCGAGAAGAGGCGCGCAACCGCCUGCAGCAUCAUCUUUUUCUUCGCUGGCCUCAACAUGCUGUUUGUGCCAACGCUUGCAGAGUUCUUCCGUGUCACCUACGGCAUUCGCGGCACUUUUCUGCUUUUCGCAGGCAUCACCUUGAACGCAUGUCCAGCAGUUAUCGUCACCCGAAGCCCAGAAUGGAUGACGCGCGAGCUUAGCUCCUCCACAGUUCUACGCGUCGGAGCGUUGGAAAAGUCAGCAGUUACGGCAGAAGAGCGGCUACUGCCUUCUCUCGAAUCGAGAACACAAAGCACUAUCGAAACAGACGAAUCAUCUACUCCAAACGUGAAAUAUCUAGGUGGCAAUCAAAUACCCGUAUCCUUCAAAAACAGCAUCGUAACUAAAGCCGUUCGCCUGAUAACACCGUGCCGCAAACCCGCAGGACUGAAUCAAGAAAGGCGACAAGGCUUGGCCACAGAAUUCGGACAAUUCUGGACCCUGGCGUUCGCUGUCAACGCCUUGUCAUUCGCCGUUAUAAUGUUUGGGGUGGCAUCAUUCCUUCUGCUUUCAGUGGACAUUGCGACUGAUAAAGGCGUCGCUCCAUAUCAAGCAGUUUUUCUUCUCAACGCCUUUGCCGUUGGCGAUAUUGUGCUUAGACCCCUCAGUGGUCUCGUUAUCGACUCAGGACUUUUGUCAUUGGAAGGUGUAAUGCUCCUAGGAUUCUUUCUUCAGUGCAUUUCUUAUGAACUCUUGGUGUGGCUAAGGACAUUUGUGUCGCUGCUCGUAUGUUCUGUGCUUGCUGGCGUCAGCAAUGGAUUACGGGCUUCGUUGCAAGCCCCGUGUCUGGUCAACGACUUUGGAGUCGACUCGCUGCCGUUGCUGAUGGGUGGAGUUAUAUUCUGCAAUGGCGUCAUUCUUCUAACAAGACCAUUUCUCGUUGGAUACUGUCGAGAUCACCACGGGUCCUACGACAUGCUACUUCAUAUGAUAGCUGGCGCUAGCAUUGUCCUCUGCUGCGUGUGGGCUGCGAAGUAUUCUGCACGCCGGAGAAAGCAUAGAUAACCGAAACUUAGAAUUAUUUAUUUCAUACUUGCGUAAGGUAGUCUCCAGAGAACAAAUUAUUUGAGGAUGUCCAUGCCGCGUCACUUUCGUGUUCAAGGACACUAAGGUGCUUCAAGGUGGUUUUCUAAGGUCAUAGAAAGCAAAUCUGUGAACCCGCCCAGUUGCAAAACACAACAGAAAAUUCCACUUUGUCGUAUCUUGGGACGUCCUGUAGUUAUUGAUCAAUAUUUAAUUAAAAAUCGACAGAGAGUUCUUAUGACUGCAUAAAUUUGUUAGUGCAAUAGGAAGUGAAAAAAUAAAAUUUCCCUAUCCGGGGAUUUCAACUUACGACCUAACGCUUCUGAACCGAGUAUCUCACCACUACACCAUGCCAAACUUUUGUUCUUUACAGAGUGGACAUAGCUACAAAACCAAAACUCUGACAAGCACACAGGUGUCCAACAAGUGCAUACAGUCAGGCAGAGGUUCCUGCGUAGCAUGCACACUUCUCUUACAAGCUGCACUUUCUCGAAAAAAAAGGAUCUUAUAGAUCGCAGGCUUUCGGGUAUGACAACCAGACAGUCUAGAUUUCCAUAGGCUGUAAAGCCCAGUACUGUCAAUAUGUUUGAAGAAGAUUAAAAAAGUUCAGAGAAGGGCGGCUAGGUUAAUUUUGUCUAGAUUGAAACUUACAGAUUCAGCGACUGACAUGCUCCGUGAGCUAAACAUACCUUUACUUUCAAACCGAAGAAAGGCCGCCAGGCGAAAAUCUAUUUAUCUGUUGCGCAAUAACCACUUCAACCUAAACACAAACUCUUACCUGAGCAGCGUUCUUCGCGAGCUGUGCGAACUUCUCACAAAGAUCAGAUUACACCCACGACGCCCCGAAUUGACUCCUUUAAGUACUCUUUCUUUCCACGAACAACAGCAGAAUGGAAUUCUCUGCUUCAGGUUCUCUUACAAGCAGAUAACCUGCUCAAUUUCGAACACUGUCCGUCCCGUUACUUAUCGGGACAGAAAUUCUUGUUAUUCUCUAGUCUUUCUUGUCAUGUCUUUCGUGGAAUUUUCGAUUUCCUCUGGUCUGAAACCGAUCGUAGUAUUUGACUAUAAGUCGGUAAAUAUGUUGUAUUUCCGGUCUGGAUCCACACGGGCGCUGGGCAAUUAUGUUUUCAUGGUUGUUGGUCUCCAAUUAAUCGAACUAGGUUUGUAUGAAUGUUAUACUUGUGGCUGUGUGCGCUUAUUAAGUUGCAUUGUUUGCAUCUACCCUGUAACCGCCUCACGGCUUACAGUAUUCAAAAAUAAAUACUAAAAAUAAAAUAUCAUUAUAUCUUUUGUUCCACACUAAUUGUAUCAUACAGUCCCUUGCGAAACUGCAGUGGCCUGCUUUCUUUCUGCGCCGACGGUAUGGCAUGACCAAACAUAUAGUAUACUUACUUGCUGCGGCGACUGCAGGGAUCAGAUUUUUUUCUGACUUUACGGUAUACGGCCGACUGUAUGGUAUACUUGUCGCGGCAAGUGUAUACAUAGUAACCUGCUUUCUUUCUACGCUAGCUCUAGAACAUAGCUGCUCGUUUUGGAACUGUAGUGGCCUGCUUUCUUUCUUCGUGGUAUAGUAACAUUUUUUGGAAAGUGUACGGCCUGGUUUCUUUUAGCGCUGACUGUUGCGGCAACUGUAAGGGUUCUAUGUGCUUUUCUAAAUAAAAUGAAAUGAAAUGUUUUA